AUGGCCUUUUCCGUGCUCUCGCUGCUGUCCGACGCGCGCCGCUCCGACGACGAGCUGCAGGGCGACCUGUUCGACGCGUUCAUGGGCGACUUCGACGCCGUGUCCGACGUCCUCAUGCGCCGCGCGGAGCUGGUCACCAAUGCCGACGCCGUGUUCGCAGACUGCGCGCAGGCCGCGCAGGUGCCCGUCGCCGUACCUGCGGAGGUGGCCAAGGCCGCGCGCGGCGUGUCUGGCAGAAGGAGGGAGAAAGUGUCCCGGACGCCCGUCACGGCGCAGGUUACCGUGCGCGAUCGGAGGCGGGAAGCCAUGGAGAAGGAGGACCGCCGUGUUCAGCGCCGCUUGGUCAAGUCGGGGCUGCUCGCCGCUGGCGAGGUGGAUGAGGAUGAGGAGGACGCUGUUGUGCCGUUCCCGGAUCUCGGAGGUUCUGCCUAUGAGGAGCGGCAGCGGUUCUUUCCGGGCGUGGGCGUGGAUUCAGACUCUGCCAUUGGGUCUGUAGACCGCGUUGGACUGCCGCGCGGCUCGACCAGGGAAGUUGGGAAGGGCUAUGAAGAGAUCUUCAUUCCGCCCCCGAAGAUGGAUGCGAGAAUGAAAUCAUCACUCGUGGAUGUUUCAGACGCACUUUCGGAGCAUCCGGAGCUGCUAACUGCGAUGAAGGGAGUGACUACGUUGAAUCGCUUGCAGAGCUCAGUGUAUCCGGCCGCUUUCAAGAGCAACGAGAACCUGCUUGUCUGUGCGCCCACGGGAGCUGGUAAGACGAAUGUAGCGUUACUGACCAUAUUCAAAGAGAUUGUCGAGGUGAAACGGCGUGAGAAGAGAGCGUUUAAGGUUGUGUAUGUAGCACCUAUGAAGGCACUGGCGGCAGAGGUUACCGAAAAGUUUGGAAAGCGACUGGGGCCGUUGGGCUUACGCGUGAGAGAGUUUACUGGCGAUAUGUCAUUGAGUAGGGCGGAGGCCAUGGAAACGCACGUGCUUGUGACAACGCCGGAAAAAUGGGAUGUUGUCACAAGAAAGACUGGGUCUGACCUCAGCGAUUCCGUAACUUUAUUUAUUGUCGACGAGAUCCAUUUACUUCAUGAUGAGAGGGGUGCGGUGUUAGAAUCAAUCGUAGCCAGAACAUUGCGACUUUCAGAAGCAGCCCAGCGUCAAAUUCGGCUUGUCGGGCUUAGCGCGACGCUGCCGAACUAUGCAGAUGUCGGCUCGUUCAUGCGAGUGAAUCCGCAAAAAGGCCUGUUUUAUUUUGAUGGGAGCUAUCGUCCAGUGCCGCUGUCACAGACGUUCAUUGGUAUCAGUGAAGGCGGUCAGAGUAAUUCCGGUGAAGCGCGCCGACGCCGCGAAGGAAAGAUGCAUGAGAUGGCUUGGAAGAAGGUGAAAGAUUCUUUGCAAAGAGGACACCAAGCGAUGAUAUUUGUUCACUCAAGGAAGGGGACUGCAUUGGCCGCUCGGGAAAUGUUAGGAAGAGCGGCCGAAGAUUCGCUUGAAGAUAUAUUUCUGGGGGGUGAGAGCAAGGGACAAGGAAAUUUGCCGCCUUCUAAACCCAAUAAAGACGGAGGACGCAAGGAUAGCGUUUCUGUUCUGCCGACUUGGGCGGCAAAGGAAAUAUCCAAAUCAAAGACGGGUGACAUUCGAGACCUGUGCUCAAGAGGCGUAGGGAUACACAAUGCUGGUCUCCCCAGACCAGACCGUAAGCUUGUCGAAAAGCUCUUUGCCGAAGGCGUCAUCAAACUUCUCUGUUGUACCGCCACGUUGGCGUGGGGUGUGAAUUUACCAGCAAGAACUGUGGUGAUCAUGGGAACGGAGGUUUAUGACGCCGAGAAAGGAGGGUUUGUGCAGCUGGGGAUGUUGGACGUCAUGCAAAUAUUUGGUCGAGCGGGGCGCCCUCAAUUUGACACUGAGGGAGAGGGUACGAUUAUUACCAUGCAUGAACACCUCGGUAAAUACCUCAGCCUUCUUACAUCGUCAAUUCCGAUCGAAAGCAAACUAGGAGCCUCUGCUUCGCGUCUUGCUAAUCAUCUAAACGCUGAAAUUGUGUCCGGUACUGUUUCAUCCAUAGGAGAGGGGGUUCGGUGGCUAAGCUACACUUACCUUAGUGUGCGGAUGCCUCAAAACCCUCUGGUAUACGGUAUUGACUGGGCAGAGGUAGAGGCAGACAGAGGUUUGCACUCACGACGAGCAACCCUAAUUGAACAAGCCUCAAAAGCUUUGGACGACGCCCGUAUGUGUCGAUAUGAUCCUCGCACAGGAGCUCUGACUGCGACCGAUCUUGGGCGGGUUUCGUCGCACUUCUAUGUUUCUCACGAAACAAUUGUGCUUUGGAAUGACCUUUUUACUCAACUGCCCAUGGAGCCUGCCGUCACAGACGCAGAUUGGGAAGAAGUAUACAAAACAGUUUUGCAUGCUGUCUCGUGCGCGACUGAGUUUGAGCAAAUGCGAUCAAGGCAGGAAGAAGCUGAGGAAUUGGACAAUUUAACUAGGGAGGCUUGUCCGAUCCCGUUGAAGUCAGGCUCCGAGACAAGAGAGGGCAAGGUAGCAAUACUGCUACAGGCUUACAUAUCUCGAGCGUACAUUCGAAUGUCUGAUUUGAGUUACGUUGUGCAGAGCUGCACACGCCUCCUCCGAGCCCUGUUCGAGGUCUCCCUCAGCAGAGGCUACCCCAGCCUUUCGCUGGCUUCCCUUGAGCUGGCACGUGCAUCUGAGUCACGCAUAUGGCCAUUUCAACAUCCACUAUGGCAAUUCACAUAUUCGGCCAGAAGAGGUGGUGGCCUCACAAUACAGCAGGAAACUGUCGCUACCAUCGAGGCAAGUGGGGAAAAAGGAACACUGGCGUGUUUGAGGGAGAUGACAAGAGAGGAGUUAUCAAUCCUUGUUCGCGCACCAAAAAUGGCGUUGACCGUGAUCAAAGUUGCUCGAGCAGUGCCCACUCUUGCAAUAUUGAGUGCAACUGUAGCCCCACUAAGUCGCACUGUUUUACAAUUUGAAGUGCGCCUUCGUCCAAACUUUCGUUGGUACGACAAUAUCCAUGGAAAUGCUGAGGCUUGGUGGUUGUGGGUGGAAGACUUUGAGGAAGACAGAGUUUACUAUAGUCAAAGAAUACUACUAACAAAAGUGCAAGUGCGUGCGAUGAAUGGGGAUCAGGUAGAUCCAUCAGAUGAUGUGAAAAGUCAUUCCCUGAACUUGACCUUUUCUGUUCCUGUGUUUGAUCCGCCAUCAUCUCGAUAUUCCCUCCGUGUUGAAUCAGAGAGGUGGCAUACUGGAGGUGGAUCCACUGCUGCACUUCCUGUAUCUAACAUGGAUCUGCCGGUUGAAGAAAACAAAAAGACCGAUCUUCUUGACUUGAGGCCUCUGUCCGUAAAAACCUCUUUGGAUGCGGAAGAGGCCACGAUGUUUCAAGGGGAUUUUUCGCAUUUUAAACCGCUUCAAACUCAAGCUUUUCAUACUGCUAGGCACACAGAUGACAACAUGCUAGUUUCCGCGCCGUCUGGAUCUGCAAAGAAGAUCUUGGCUGAGUUGGCUAUUCUGCGUGCAAUCCGUGAGCGUCCGAAUUCCACCGUGGUGUACAUCGCACCAGAUCGGGAUUCAGUUCUAUUGCAACGCAAGAAAUGGCAAAGGUUGGAGAGUCUAGUGAAAGGACGCGUUCAAGUGAUGGAUUCACUUCGUUCUGUUCCCAGUCAGAAUGCUCUCGUAGAUGUGGGACUAGUUCUAGCCACGCCGGUUGCUUGGAGUCAUUUCUCUGACUCCUGGGAUAAUUCGAUGAUGGCAGAAUCAGUGUCUCUCUUUGUGUUUGACGAUUUGCAGCUCAUGUCCGAUGUUAACUGUAUCGGUGUUGAGAUGUUGAUAUCAAGGAUACGAUAUGGUGCUAUGAAUACUUCAGGGUCGACGGGAAGAAUCCCGAGACUUGUUUCCUUGUGUGAGGAAGUGCCGAAUGCUUCCGAAGUUGCAGACUGGCUAGGAGUUGACCGACAGAAAGGAUUCUUUUGUUUCAGUGCAAAUGUUCGUCAAGUCCCGAGGGAGUCUCAAGUGAUUGGCAUUGCAGGGGAUCGUUACACAUCAAGAAUGCAUUCAGUUAACCGCAGUCUUUUCUCUAUGAUGCAACGGCAUUCUGCCAAGAAGCCAGUGCUAAUAUACGUUUCGUCCAGAAGGCAGACUCUACUUACAGCAGAGAAUCUACUUCUCCUUGCUUCAAUGGAUGGAAAGGAGAAACCGUUUGUUGGACUUCAAUCUGACACUGAACAAUCGAUUUCAAAAGCACUCCGACAAACCUCAGAUCAUCGUUUGAGGAGUUGUCUGACAAAUGGUAUAGGUCUUUACCAUGAGAUGAUGACAUCUCGCGAGCAGGACGCGGUCGAAAUUCUUUUCAGGAAGGGUCACAUCCAGGUAAUGAUUGCGACUUUUGCUGUGGCCAGGAAGUUAUCAGUCCCAUGCCAUCUCGUCGUCGUGAAAGGGACAGAAACAUACCGGCCACAGCAGCGACGAUUUGAAGAAAUUCCUUUAGCUGAUAUUCUUCAAAUGAUAGGGCAAGUCGGAAGGCCAGCUGUAGAUUCCGUCUGCUACGCGAUUGUGUAUGUGCAUGAACCGAAGAAGACUCUGUACAAGAAGUUUUUGCACGAGAAACUCCCGAUUGAAUCUGCUAUUCAUCGAAACCUUUCAGAUACGUUGAUGAAAGAAAUAUCGUCAAGGCGUGUGAAAUCCCUAAGGGAUGCUGUCGAGUUUCUUUCGCGAACGUUCAUGUUCUGGAGAUUGAAAACGAAUCCUGGGUAUUACGGGCUAAAGAAAAAGAAGGGAGUGAAAGCGAGCGUACCAAAGCUUGAGCGUCUCAAUCAAGGAGCGUUGUAUUGGAUCAGCGAAAUGGCCACUUCUGCGCUUCGUUCUUUGGUCGAAAAAAAGAGCAUAUCAAUAUCUGACGGAUUCAUUAGCAGCGACAUGAACGUAGAAACAUGA